AUGAGCUCAGAGGAGGAUAAACGCAUGAUUGUGGAAACGGAGACUGUGCAGACACCGGCACAGAAUCUGCUGCCGGUGCAACCUGAGGAAAAGAACGACGAGGAGGCGAUGAGUCUCGCAACACAGGAAGAGGCAACUGCCAACCUGAUAGACCAUAACCCGCUUUCGAUCCACAACAGUAACGUGGCGAUCCGCAAUAAGAAGUCGAGCCUGCUGAUAGACUCGUUUUUGGGCAAGGAGGGCUCAGCGGCCGCGCCCGCGCCGGCUGUGGGCGUGAACGCAGGAUCGGCGAGCGGUGCGAAGAGCGGCGACGACACGCAGCGGCGCGAUGACAAAGUCGAUGAAUCCAAGCACGACGGAACUGCCAGUUCGGUAGCGGGUCCUGCCAGUGUUUCUGGGGGCGCCGACGACGACCAUCACGAUGUGGAAGGCGCGCGCAAACCGCCGCUGCCCUCCAAGAAGGCGGACUUCUUUGCAGCCCGGCUGGCGUCGGCCGUGGGCGAGAACGAGAUCAGCGACUCAGAAGAGACGUUCGUGUACGAGUCAACUGCGAAUUCCACAACCAACGCCACGCCCAGUGUACCCGGGGUACCAGGGUUGGCGAUCGCGGAGCAGAAAUCGUACGGUAUCCCCGCGAAGAUGAGCGCCCCGCUGCUGAACAACAACGCCAAUUCCAAACUUCUGAACCGAGCCAAGACUACACGUCACACAAGCAUCGCAGUGAUACCGCAGCAGAGCGAGCCUGUGGAGGAUUCCAACAGCAUCCGGUCGCUCAAUCGCCAAAACGCGCAAGAAAUCCAGUCCGUUCGCUCGUACGCCACGCUGUCCAAAUCGCCUGGGAAACGCCUGUCGCUGGUAUCUCUGGCGCAAAAGGGUCCGCCGCCCCGUCGCACUUCUCGCAAAGUGUCCGUCAACUCCACUGCGCGACGAAAGAAGUCUCAAAAGCGACAGCUGCGCACGACCGCUUCCAAAAUAUUCGAUGCCCAUGGCGCAUCCCUGCGGCGCUACUCAGGUGUCCCAGACGAUGUGAACCUGGAGGACUACGUGGAACAAGCGGGCGGCGAGCUGACCCCCAACAAAUUCACAUACCACUCGGAUUCUGAGUUCGAGGACGACCCGGGUAGUUUUGUGCACCACCCAGAGGACGAAGAAGACAACCACUCCAUGUUUUACUAUUCGCAGCCUAAAAAUGAUUUGGAGGAGGCCCGUCCUCCUUUGUCGGAUUACGAAGAGGAAGAAGACGAGCAAGAAGAUGCACAUGCUUAUGCGCCCAACAUCGGUUUUUACUCAGAUGAUUAUUUUUAUCAUCCAACAGAGGCAACCCCGCUCAAGAGGAAGAACUCAGCUCGUUACCCCGGCUAUUCGCCUCAUGAUUUUUACACCACCAAGACGACAUGGACGCGGUUGAAAAAUUUUGUGUAUUUUGCGUUUGUGGUAUCAUUCUUGCUCACGCUAGGGUUCAUAUCUGGCUUCCUACUUGCCACUAACAAGGAGCUGCAUGAUUUGGAAAUUUCGCGACUCGCGUCUGUGCUAACCAGCACAGACGAGUUGGUGUUCGAUAUCAUAGCCACUGCGUUUAAUCCUGGUUUCUUCAGUAUUCAGAUUAAGGAUGUUGAGCUCGACAUAUUUGCGAAAACUUCCCAUUUGAACUCUGACGGAGAUAAGAAAGGUACGCCAUACGAAACCAUUCUUUUAGGCACCGUAAAAAACUUGGAAACUUCGUUACAAUUCCAAGGCGGGUUCUUCCAUCGAAACUACGACAUAUCGCGCUCCAGUGUUAAAUUGGUGCACCCAGGACUAGUUGAGGAAGAUCCUAACCGUGAGGAAUUGCGCGAUUCGGAUGAAGAUGACGGCGUGUCCAAGUGGAAGCAACUAAUCAGAUAUGAGUUUGAGCUUAUUGUCCGAGGCAACAUGUACUACAAGGUUCCCUUUUUCAAUAGCCAAAAGUCAAUUGGCGUACAAAGCAAUGUGCAAGUAGAUCCCAAUCGCGCCCACAAAAGCGCCACUUAUGACGAGGUUUAA